AUGUUCUACUUCCACUGCCCCCCGCAGCUAGAGGGCGCGGCCCCCUUCGGAGGUCACUCCGCCGGCGACUUCGACGACGGGUUCCUGCGAAGGAAGCAGCGCCGCAACCGCACCACCUUCACCCUGCAGCAGCUCGAGGCACUGGAAGCCGUUUUUGCUCAAACCCACUACCCCGAUGUGUUCACUAGGGAAGAGCUGGCUAUGAAAAUCAACCUCACGGAAGCCAGGGUGCAGGUGUGGUUCCAAAAUCGAAGAGCUAAAUGGAGGAAAACAGAGAGGGGUGCUUCUGACCAAGAGGGCUCGAAGGAAACAAUGGCUGAAGUGGCACCUCCUGCAAGGAAUUUAAAUUCCCCUUCUCCAGCAGAUCAAACCAGGAACAAAAAAGAGGGUCUGGAGAUCCAGCAGAGCCUGAGUCGUGCAGUGGGUCCCACAGGACCUUUCUUCCCUUCCUGCCUGCCAGGGACUCUUCUCAACACAGCCACCUAUGCACAAGCUUUAUCCCACGUCGCUUCUCUGAAAGGGAGCCCACUGUGCUCAUGCUGCGUUCCAGACCCCAUGGGCCUCUCCUUCCUGCCCACCUACGGCUGCCAAAGCAACCGCACUGCCAGCGUGGCCGCGCUGCGCAUGAAGGCCCGGGAGCACUCGGAGGCUGUGCUCCAGUCUGCCAACCUCCUGCCUGCCGCCAGCAGCAGCCCCACUCCUCCCGCCAAACCCGGCCUCGAGGGCAGCCAGGACAAGCAUCCCUCUCCGGCCAAGGAGCACAUGGAAGGGGAGAAGAGCGUAUGAGACCGGACCAGCACCAGACCCUCGGCUCAGGGCAGGGACCUGCCGCUGGGGCUCUGCCGCGGGGUGAACUGCAGCGUGGCCGUGCCCCAGCAGGACAUCA